AUGGAGUCCCGCUACUUCGCCCGUCUGAGCGACGCUUGGCGUACAGAGUUUGGCGACGACGCUGAGCUCCCCGACUGGGUGGAGCUGCUUAGGCAGGAGGUAGAUAUCUUUGCUCUUGACUAUGAUGCUAUUCUCACUGCAAUGUAUGCAUUGUCUACUAGUGCCGAGGGAGACUGUCACCUAUGUGUGCCGCCUGACCCCGGUAUCCAGUCAACUGCUCUAGGUGCUGGUGCGUCUCCUGCUCCAGGUGCCAGUGAGGCUGCUGCUCUAGGUGGUCGUGCGUCUCCUGCUCCAGGUGUCGGUGAGGCUGCUGCUCUAGGUGCUAGUGAGUCUCCUACUCUAGGUGCUGGUGAGUCUGCUCUCUCGGGUGCAGCGCGUGCUGCUGUUUUGCACACCUUAACCUUUGACUCGGGUGCUUCCCGCUCCUUCUUUCGAGACCGCACCACCCUCACGCCGCUUAGUCGGCCGGUUGCAGUCUCCCUGGCAGACCCCUCUGGGGGUCCUGUCCUUGUCCACUACUCCAUUGUCCUACCGUGUCCGGCGGCCCCGUGUGGCUCCCUGUCAGGUCUUUACCUCCCCUCGUUCUCUACGAACUUGGUGAGUGGUGCUGACCUACAGGAUGGGGGGGUUGACCAACUCUCCUCUGGCACCACCGCCUUGGUCACCCCUCCCUGCCUCAUCUCCGAGGCAUGGCCUCCCGUGUCCUUGUCUCUGGUCUCCCCCGGACCCUCCCUCCCCUUCCUCCGGGCCUGCCCCUACCUGCGUUCCCUGCGUCAAGGGGCGGCAGCGCACCCCUCCUCACUCCUAGGAGUUUCCUCCGACAGAGGCUCCGCUGCAGACUCUCAUAAUGGACGUGUGGGGCCCAGCCCGCGUCCGUGGACAGGAGGUGGAGAGUUUUCCUCCGAACUUCUGCGAGCCUUCUGUCGUGCGGAGGGCAUCUGCCAGACGUUCAUGCUUCCGGCCUCUCCACAGCAAAACGGGAUUGCUGAGCACCGCAUUGGCAUGGUCAUGGACGUCGCUUGUACGUCCAUGAUCCAUGCGGUUGCUCCCCAUUUUCUGUGGCCGUUCGCAGUUCAGUACGCGGCGCAUCAGAUCAUCCUUCACCCCCGGGUCUCCAUGCCGGAGACCUCCCCUACUCUGCGGUGGACGGGGAAGGUUGGCGAUGCGUCUGCGUUCCGUGUCUGGGUAUCUCGAGCUUUUGUGCGCGAAUUAUCUGCGAACAAGCUGUCCUCCCGUGCUGUUCCUUGCAUCUUCCUUGGCUCCCCCCUUGACGCGCCUGGUUGGCAGUUCUACCACCCCACCUCGCGCCGUGUUCUGUCCUCCCAGGACGUCACGUUUGACGAGUCGGUUCCUUACUACCGUCUCUUCCCCUACCGCGCUGCCCCCCUCCCCCCCCCCGCCGCUCUUCCUCGCGCCAGGUCCCCCCCCGGUAGACCCCCUCCGCCUUCAGGGUCCUGCCCCCUCAGCCUGAGCGUGCGGAGUCUUGGGGUGCUGGGUCUGGGGGUGCUGAGCCUGGGGGUUCUACGUCUUGGGGUGCUGAGCCUGGGGUUGAUGAGUCUGGGGUGCUUCGUCCCGGCGGGAGCUACCUUCUCCCCAGGAGCUGCGCAAGUGGUUUGCUGGCGCUGGAGCCGUGCUGCUGCAGCUGGUGGUGCUGCUGGCGCUGGAGGUUCUGCUGCUGCUGGAGGUCCUACUACUGCUGGGGGUUCUGGAGCCACGGGUCCCGGAGGUGCUCGUACUGGAGGUACUGGAGCUGCUGGGCCUGGUCGUGCUCCUCGUGCUGGAGCUGCUGGCGGUGCUGGCGCUGGAGGUGCUGCUGGCGUAGGUGCUGCUGGAGGUACUACUAGAGCUGGAGCUGCUGUGUCUUCCGGUGGUCCUGCUGGAGCUGGAGCUGCUGGAGGUGCUGGAGCUGGAGGUGCUGAUGGAGCCGGUGCUCUUGUGUGUGCUGGAGUUGGCGCUACUGGAGAAGCUGGUGGUGCUGCUAGAGCUGGUGGAGCUGCUGGAGUUGGAGCUAAUGCUGGGGGUGCUGGUGCUGUCCCUGCUGGUUCUGGGGGUGCUCCGCGGCUGCGGCCGUACUUUGUUCCGCUCCUUGAGCAGGUUCUUGGUCUCCCGCCUUCUACUGGUCCUGCUCAUUCCUUAGAGUGUCCACCGCCUGUCCAGUCCGAGUCACAGUUACAGCUGGCCUCCCCUAUGCCUGCUGCUUCUCCGUACACUGGUCCUACUGGAGGUCUUGCUGAGCAUCGUAAGCCUGAGUCUCGUCCUGCGUCGCCUCUUCGUGCUGCUCGCACUGGUCGUCGUGUUCUGUGUCAGCGUCCUCCUGCGGUCUUAGGCACGCACCAGAUGGCACUGCGUCCUUCCACUACUCCACAGCGUGUCCCGUUGCCGUCUCCUCCAGAGUCCUCUCUUCCUGCUCUUGCUGACCCGGAGUCUGACUCCCUUCAUGCUGCCAGUCCUACUGUCACGCGUCUUCUGGCUACUGUUGUUACUGACCCUUCCUUUGAGUCCACUGCUGCGUCAACCUUAGUUGCUGAGCUUGUCGACUUCGCUGCUCACUGUCGUAUAGACAACACCGUGAGUCUUGUUGCUGAGUCUGAGUCUGUCAGUCCUUCGUCCGUCGGGGGUGAGUGUGCUCUUAGCACGGACGUCCUUGAGGACAGGCAGGAGGAGUUCCAGUAUUUUGCUGCUGCUUUACCUCAUAUCGUGUCCAUGCUGCUUGCCCUUGAGGGAGACCCGGAUGCACCAGGCAUCCCGACCCCACGCUCUUACGUAGAGGCGAUACAGGGUCCCUACUCCUCUCAGUGGUAG